AAUGUCGCGAGGCUGGGGCCGAAAGCUAGGUUUGCGACCUGAACUCUCGCUUUCCGGCCACUGCCGAAAAGGUGUCUGGAGGCUGGUGGUGGCGGCGGCGAGGAGGCCCGAGGCAGCUUCUGAAAUUUCUGAGCAGCCGUGGUCAGGACAAGAUGGACCCCGUAGUCCUGAGUUACAUGGACAGUCUACUGCGACAAUCAGAUGUCUCACUGUUGGAUCCCCCAAGCUGGCUCAAUGACCAUAUUAUUGGGUUUGCCUUCGAGUACUUUGCCAACAGUCAGUAUCAUGAUUGCUCUGACCAUGUCUGCUUCAUCAGCCCUGAAGUCACCCAGUUCAUCAAGUGCACUUGCAACCCAGCGGAGUUGGCUGUGUUCCUUGAACCCCUGGACCUUCCACACAAGAGAGUUGUAUUUUUAGCCAUCAAUGAUAAUUCUAACCAGGCAGCUGGGGGAACCCAUUGGAGUCUGUUGGUUUAUCUUCAAGAAAAAAAUAGCUUCUUUCAUUAUGAUUCCCAUAGCAAGAGCAACUCAGUCCAUGCAAAGCAGGUAGCCCAGAAACUGGAGGCUUUCUUAGGCAGAAAGGGCGUCAAAGUGGCCUUUGUGGAAGAGAAAGCCCCUGCUCAACAAAACAGCUAUGACUGUGGAAUGUAUGUGAUAUGUAACGCUGAGACCUUGUGUCAGAACUACUUCAGGCAUCAGCCAGAAUCACUAUUACAGCUACUCACCCCUUCGUACAUCACAAAGAAGAGAGGAGAAUGGAAAGAUCUCAUUGCCAGACUUGCUAAAAAUUAGCUAUUGACGAAUUUGUUGCCUGAUCAACUCUCCUCUUUCUGCCUGUCCCAUUUACUGGAUGGCUGCAGUCUCAGUGCCUGAGGGAAGAUGCCUGGAGAGGGAAACUUAAUAUUCUUAGUUUUUCUUUAAAGUGAAAAAUCAUUUUCUGUAUUAUUCUAGCGGAAAGUUUCACCUUACCCGUAACUUGAGGGGCCCCCAGGGAUGUGGCUCAGUGGUAGAGCACUUGCGAGUGUGAGACCUGGUGAGCGUGACACCCUGACAUUGAUCCCUGGCACCAUAAAAAUAAAAUAACUCUAACUUGGA